AGCUGAUCAUAUAUGUUAUCUUUAUAAAUACUUUUUUAGCUUUAUGAUGAUUUAGAUCUAGAUGUUUCUUUUCAGACUUUGUGAAAGUUUUUUUUUAAAGUUGAAUCUAUUUUUCAGAUAAAAUGGCAGAAACUACUAUGGAAGAAUUAAAUAUAGAAAAGUAUGAGAUAAAAGAAGAGAUAGUUUCCUUCAAGGAGGAAAUCCUUCCCUCUUCUACUUUAGAGGCUACAUUUACUGUUAAUCUACAUAAAGAUGAUAUAAAGAUAGAAAAUACAGGAAUACAAGAUGUAUUGAAGACUGGAAUACAGGACACAGAAGAAAAUAAACCUGUAUUAUUAUGUUUAGAUGUAUUGAAGACUGGAAUACAGGACACAGUAGAGAAUAAACCUGUAUUAUUAUGUUUAGAUGUAUUGAAGACUGGAAUACAGGACACAGUAGAGAAUAAACCUGUAUUAUUAUGUUUAGAUGAAUUGUAGACUGGAAUACAGGACACAGUAGAGAAUCAACCUGUAUUU